GAAGGUCACAUGACCCGGUAGCGGUACUGGAGUUUGCAAACAACAGUACAAUAUGAUUCUGUUAAAUAGCAGGCAGAUAAAGCCAACGACAAGCCGGGUGACAUCAAUGCUGCUUUUGCACUCUAUAUUGUCAUUUUAAAUGAAGGAGGUCGUGGAAAACAGAACGAUUUCCUAGUAAAUAAAACAAAAGUGUUUUUUGUUACCGCACGGAUUGGACACAUCGGUUCCGACGAACUGCUACAGCUGUUAAUUGUAGCUUUUAAUUCAUGACUAUUUAGUGGAGCGCGCAUAUAUUUCAUGUACCUUUUAAGAUAAACUUUUUUAAAAAAAUGAAGCUGAGAGUCCAGCUGCAGUGCAAGAAUUUGCAUGAAUAUCUUAGAGAGUUGAGCCCUGAGAUUCUGGACCGACUAUACAAUCAUCCAGCAACAUGUCUGGCUGUCUACAGGGAGCUUCCUUCUCUGGCCAAAAACUAUGUGAUGCGAAUGCUGUUUCUGGAUCAGCCUCUUCCACAGGCAGCAGUGGCAUUAUGGGUGAAUAAAGAAAGCCAGAAGAAUCAUGAUGAAUGCGUCUCGGUGCUGGCGGGACUCCGCCUUUGGCACAGUCAGCAGCUGCAGGGUGGUCUUCAGGGAUAUAUCCUAAAUCCAGUCUUCAAAGACAACUUGAGGAUCGCGCUGCUCGGCGGGGGUCAAGCAUGGGCAGACGAAGGCAGCAGCCUGGGCCCAGACCGCCACGCUCGCGACAUUGAAAGUCUGGACCGUUACGCCAUUGAGCGCUGGGAGGUGAUCCUUCACUUCAUGGUGGGUUCUCCCAGCGCCGCGGUCAGUCAGGACCUGGCCCAGCUGCUGAUUCAAGCAGGCCUCAUGAAAAGUGAGGCAGGAGAGGCCCCCUCCAUCACCUCGGCUGGCUUCCAGUUCCUUCUGCUGGACACUGCCUCUCAGUUGUGGUACUUCACCCUGCAGUACCUCAAAACUGCUCAGUCACGAGGGAUGGGCCUGGUGGAGAUUUUGUCUUUUUUGUUCCAGCUCAGUUUCUCAACGUUGGGCAGAGAUUACUCCGUGGAGGGCAUGAGUGAGUCAUUACUCACAUUUCUGCAGCACCUUCGGGAGUUUGGACUGGUCUUCCAGAGGAAGAGAAAGUCGAGGCGGUACUACCCCACCAGACUGGCCAUCAGUCUAGCUGCAGGAAUCACGAGCAGCUCUUCUUCCACGUCCUCCUCUGUUAACUUGGGCUCCACUCCUGGUACUGGGGACGCAGGCUUCAUUGUGGUUGAGACAAAUUAUCGCAUCUACGCCUACACAAACUCUGAGCUCCAGAUUUCUCUCGUAGCGCUCUUCAGUGAAAUGUUGUAUCGCUUUCCAAACGUGGUGGUGGCUCACGUCACAAGAGAGUCGGUGCAACAGGCCAUCGCGAAUGGCAUCACUGCACAACAGAUCAUCCACUUUCUGAGAACCAGAGCACACCCUAUCAUGCUGAUGCAGACACCGGUGCUUCCUCCAACCAUAACAGAUCAGAUCCGACUUUGGGAGCUGGAGAGAGAUAGACUACAAUUUACCGAGGGUGUGCUCUACAACCAGUUUCUCUCCCAGGCGGACUUUGAAGUGCUUCGAGAUAGAGCUCAGGGUCUGGAUUGUCUGGUGUGGCAAGAUGUAGCUCACAGGGUGAUGGUGGUGACGCCACACGGACACAGUGAGGUCAAGAGGUUCUGGAAACAACAGAAGUCUCACACAUAACCAAGAAGAGGAAGAGGAAAGCCAAAGGAUGCUAUCCCACGAGUCAGCACUUCUGAUGGACUGUGAAGCAGUUGCUCUCAACUGUUGUUAUGCUGGGACCAGUAUUUUCCUAUCGUUGAAAGUCGUGACCCACUUUUGUAUAAGUUAACAGUAAUGAAAAUUUAUUCUGAAAAUAAACCUUAAUACAGGACUGAUAAACUGAGGAGUAACGUGCAUGAGGUAUUUGUACGAAAAAGCUCUCGUUCAUAAAUAUAAAACAAUCAAAUGAGAAACAGUAAGUACAACACUGAGAAUGCCCUCAAGUGCUGUGGGACCACAUAGGCCGUUUUUGUACAUCAAUCACAGGUCAGUUUUACGGGAAUUUGGACCAUGUUCAAAUUUUGUUAGCAGCAGCCAGGGAUGCAACCAAGGUGGGAAAAGUGAUGACGAGUCUAAGGGCCCAUGACAGAUUGGUCCAAGAAAAUAACAUUUUCUAUAUCUUUGCUGCGGAGGAACCGAAAAUGAAUUUUUUAUCACAGGGCCCCAAACACUUGUCUGUGCCUCUGUUAGCAUUACUUAAGAGUUCAACGUGGAGUCAGUAUUAUUACUUUUACCUUCAGUUUUGAUGAUAUUCUCAUUUGAGUUUCAUUUGAGGUGCGGGUGGCAUUUGGUGUCGUGCUCAGGUUGGGUUACAUCAUGGAAAAAAAUGGCAGGACAACUCGUCGCUGUGACGCCAUGAUAACACUCUUGCAAUAAGCAUCGGGCAGUUCCUGGCAGAAAGGAACGUCACCAUGCUGGAACAACCUCAAGAACAACUUGCCUGACCUGGCUCUGUCAUUUUCUUUUCUUUUUUUCCCCCUCAAGCUCAAGCCCCUCUUUUGAAGAUGUUCAUGUAGCUUUGGGGGUCCUGGAAGAAUCUUUCCAGGAGUGUGUGAAAGUGUGGCAGAGAAGUCAGGGAAUUGCUUUGGAAUCUAGGAAGAAUACUUUGAUGGAAUUUUUCUGGCACACCUCAUGUACACUGAACAACACACCAUGCCUGUUGGGGGUAUUGGUCAAAUAUGAGCAUGCAUUUCUAGUAUUUUGUAUUUUUCCAAGAGGUCUUGUCCCAUAUGUUGCAAAUAAUUCUUAAUGUGACUGUCUUUCUGUUUUAUGGGUUUUUUUUAU